GUAUAUUAUUAAUUGAAUAAUUUCUGUUAUUUUAUUUCAUGAUCAAAGAAAUUUAAUAAAUGCUAAACUAAUUGCUAAAAUACCAAUACAAUAUAGGUUAUAUAUAAAUAUAUUGAAUCUCAUCUAUAUCUCAAUUAAAUAUAUAUUUAGCUUCAAAGACUUUCACACUGAUCCGGUUACGCACACAGAAAGAGAUUAAUUCAUUUUUUUUUUACGUUGUCAGUUGCAUAAAUAAGAAAUUAUUAAUUCAUUAGUUUUGAUCGUCUUACAGUACAGGCUUAAACUGAUAAUGAAACUUGAUCACGCAAUAUAUUGUCUCCUAAGGGCGAACUAUUCACAACUUAGUAAACAAUUUAUUCUAAAAUUACUUUCAUAAUCCACGAAACAGCCUCUUUACGUUUUGAUUUUUUUCAUAUUUAAUUUAAUUCGUUUCCCUUAUUUUUAUAUUGAUAUCUUUCCGUAUUCCUAAUUUUCAAAUGUGGACUUUGAAAACAGUUUUUCGGGAUUGUUUUUAUUCCAGAUAAACUGAAGUCGAUAGAAAGUAAUGUCUAUCACUGUCCAUACCGUUAUAAACUGAAGAUUUAUACGAGAAUAUCAGGUGACAUUUACAUCAAAGAAUUAUUUUAAUUCAAAUGCAUCGUCAAUAUUUACUAACUUUUGAAGAGUAAAAGAAGAUCUUAUACAGACACAUAGGCUCCUGUUUAUAUUUUUCUCUAUGAAUUAGAUUAACAUAAUUUCUAUAAUGCAUCUGAUGGAAUGUACCUGAAAUUUUUCUAAACUUGGACCGAUUUGCAAAGAAGUUAACUGCAUGAUUAGAUAGAAAGAUCACAGUUGAUAACACUACCUCAAGAAUAAAAUAUAAAAACAAAGAAAGAAAUUAUUGUAUAUUGUGCUGAAAAAGAAAAAUUAUGGAAAAUGAAUUAUAUGAGAAUCGAGUUAAAUUUAAAGAACAGUCUACACAAAUUAAUUCUCCUGAUAAGAUGUUGAAAAAGAUAGGGAAAAUAUACCACUGUGAUAUCUGUAAAAAGUCAUUCUCUCAUAAAGGUAACUUAAAUACUCACAAACGCAUUCAUACUCAAGAGAAACUGUAUCACUGUGAUAUCUGUGGUAAUUCUUUCUCUCAAAGAAGUACCUUAACUAACCACAAAUAUAUUCAUACAGGAGAGAAGCCAUAUCACUGUAAUAUCUGUGAUAUUUCAUUCUCUCAUACAAGUAAUUUAGCUAUGCACAACAAACAUAUUCACAAGGGAGAGAAACGAUAUCAUUGUGAUAUAUGUGGUAAGUCCUUCAUUCGAACAACUAAGUUAACUGUUCACAAACGUAUUCAUACAGGAGAAAAACCAUAUCAAUGUGAUAUCUGUGAUAUUUCAUUCUCUCAUAGAAAUAAUUUAGCUAUGCACAACAAACAUAUUCACAAGGGAGAGAAACGAUAUCAUUGUGAUAUAUGUGGCAAGUCCUUCGUUCGAACAACUGAGUUAACUGUUCACAAACGUAUUCAUACAGGAGAAAAACCAUAUCAGUGUGAUAUCUGUGGCAAAUCAUUCUCUGCAGGAGGUAACUUAACCAGACAUAGGCAUAUUCAUAGAGAAGAGAAGCCAUAUCACUGUGAUAUCUGUGGUAAAUUAUUCUCUGAACAAAGUACAUUAACUAUGCAUAAGAGACAUAUUCAUACAGGAGAGAGUCCAUUUAGCUGUGAUAUCUGUGGUAAAUCAUUCUCGGCAAAAAAUGCCUUAACUACUCAUAAGCGUAUUCAUACAGGUGAGAAGCCAUAUUGCUGUGAUAUCUGUGGUAUAUCAUUUGCUGUAACAGGUCAGUUAACUACUCACAAGUAUACUCAUACAGGAGAGAAACCUUAUGACUGUGAUAUCUGUGGUAAAUCAUUCUCUGCAAGAUGUAACGUAAAUACUCAUAAACGCAUUCAUACAGGAGAGAAGCCGUAUCACUGUGAUAUUUGUGGUAAGUCGUUCUCUGGAAAUUGUGUUUUAACCAAACACAAACGCAUUCAUACAGGAGAGAAGCCAUAUCACUGUGAUAUCUGCAGUAAAUCAUUCUCUCAAAGAUAUACCUUAACAAGCCACAUGCAGAUCCACACAGGAGAGAAACCAUAUCAAUGUGACAUCUGUGGUAAAUCAUUUUCUCGUGGAAGCACCUUAACUACACACAACAGACAUAUUCAUAAAGGAGAGAAACGAUAUCAUUGUGAUAUUUGUAGUAAGUCUUUCUGCCAGAAAACUGAGUUAACUACUCACAAACGUAUUCAUACAGGAGAAAAACCAUAUCACUGUGAUAUCUGUGGUAUAUCCUUCUCUACAAGGAGUAACUUAACUAGACACGGAUCUAUUCAUACAGGAGAGAAGCCAUAUCACUGUGAUAUCUGUGGUAAAUCAUUCUCUGAACGAGGUACUUUAACUAAACACAACAGACAUAUCCAUACAGGAGAUAAUACAUAUCUCUGUAAUACCUGUGGUAAAUCAUUCCCAGCAAGAAGUAACUUGACUACUCAUCAACGCAUUCAUACGGGUGAGAAGCCAUACCACUGCGAUAUCUGUGGUAAAUUAUUCUCUGUAAUAGGCAACUUAACUGCUCACAAAUAUAUUCAUACAGGGGAGAAGCCCUAUCAGUGUGAUAUCUGUGGUAAAUCAUUCUCUGCAAGAUGUAACUUAAAUACUCACAAACGCAUUCAUACAGGAGAUAAGCCAUACCACUGUGACAUCUGCGGUAAACCAUUCACUGGGAGGGGUGACUUAACUAAACACAAACGCAUUCAUUCAUGAGAUGUACUACAUUACUGCAAUAUCUGUAGUAAAUCAUUUUUUUUAAAUGUCAUGUAACUACAUUAUUUUAUUCAUACAGAAUGAUGGUAUUAAUUUCAACUCUGUUUAUGAUAAAGAAAAUAUCUCAUAAAACCAUAAAUAUAUUCACUCGGAAAACGAUAUAACUGUAUAACAACUUCCGUGUACCAUAUUUCAUCCAACCACAUCUUUAUCUACAUUGAUGAAAUAAUUUUCCACUAUGUGUGUGUACAUGUGUUUAGAUAUGUUUGUUUUUACACUGACUCCAGUGGCAUAGCAUUUUUGCCCCAUAAACAAAAUACCCAGCAGCUAUUCUGUGUACAGAGACAUGGAACAAAGUACUUUUCUUGGAAAGAUAGGUAUGUCUGUAUGGAACACUGCCUUGAAAAAAAUCUCCUCCAACCCAUGGUAGCAUACAAUAACCCCCACUAAAAAUGGUGAUAAUAUAUGUGUAUGUGCUUUUCUCAACUUGUCUUCACACGGACAUCACUUGGGUAGUAACGAUGUUUUUGUCUCACAUACCUUCAAUAGCUUGGCAUCUUAUGCACAUUCUCAUUUAAAUUUUAUUUAAAGACUAUUGCUGUUGGUAUUAUCUAUAUAACUUCAUGAUUUCAUUUAUUUAUAAGCUGAUCACUUCAUGUCUACAAUAUUCUGUUGAAUGUGAAUUUGCAAGCAUCAAUGUAGCCUUCAGUUUAAUGUAAAUGCAAAGGAGAUAUUUGUGAAUUGUCUUCUGUUUUAAAGUCUGUUCUCCAUGCUGGUUUCAGUUGACAUGUCUUUUAUACAUAUUUAAUCAAUCUUUUCUCAUUUCAACUGUAAAAACCAGAAUUCUGUGUUCUGGCCUUAUCAUUUUUUGUUAAUAUUUUUAAUAACCUGGAAUCGAAAUAAAGCUUUGUUCUUCAA